ACUAAUCAAGGUCUUAUGGCCAUAGAUCUUGCGCCCCCCGCGGAGCGAGUUCGUGCCGAUGGUCUUGUCCAUGCUGUAACAGCGCGCUGGGAUACAUACACGGACGGCACCUUGAAAUGCAACAUCUUUGCUGUAACGAGAGGCAGCGCGGUUGUGGGGGCUGCCGGCCGUCGCAGCGUCCCGUGGCGGCGCGCGGCCAUGAUGGCCGGCCGCGCCGACGAGCUGGGCGAGACGGGCGCCUACGACGAGGCGAAAUACGAGACGCACGCGGGCGAAUUUUUCGACGGUCCCAUGGACGGCGCCCUGGAGUCGAAGUACGGCGACCUCUUCGCCGGCUACGACGAGGACGGCGAGGCGCUCGGGUCGCCGGCGGAGGAGACGGUGGCCUCCGGCGGCACGCAGAAGACGCUGGCGACGCUCGCGACGGCGCGCUUCCGCGCCAUGAGCGACAAGGAGCUCGUGAAGAUGGUGCGCGAGCUCGACGGCGCGACGGGCGAGCGCGCGGCGACGCGCAAGGCCGCGGACGAGGCGGCGCUCGUCGCGGACCAGGAGCUGACGCGGGCCGUGCAGCAGGACCGGCUCGCCGGCGAGGCCGCCCGGGUCUACCGGGAGCUCGAGGCCGCGGCGAACGCGCACCCGCUCGGCCGGAGCUCGCUGUCCAAGGCGGAGCUCGCGGCGCUCGCGGACGCGAAGCGCGCGGCCCUGGGCGCCGACGCCGCCGCUCAACGCCAGCGGGCGACGGCGGCGCGGGAGCGCGACGCGGAGCGCGUCGCGGAGCACGUCGCGCAGCGCACGGAGCGGUCGUGCGCCGCCCUCGCGGAGAAGGCGCUCAAGGCCAAGGCGGCCAAGGCGGAGAAGCUCGAGGCCGCGGCGCUCAAGGCGCGGGAGACCGUGGACCUCGAGAUCGCCGGCGCGGAGCGGCGCGUGCGGGCCCACGAGGGCCGCCUCGACGCCGCGCGGACGCGGCGCGCGGAAAAACAAGCGCUCGACGACCGCAAGGCGCGCGCGGCCGUCGAGGGCCGCACGAAGGCGAAGCGGCGCGUGGCGCGGAGCGGCGCCGUGACGCGCGAGGUGCGCGCCCACUGCGAGGACGCGCGGCGCGCGGAGCGCGAGGACCGCGCGGAAGCCGUGCUCCAGCUCAAGGCGGACACGGACGCGGCGACGGUCGAGCUCCGGGGCCGCAACGAGAAGGCGGCCAUGCGCAAGCAGGCGAAGCGCGACGAGUUCGCCCGGGAGAAGGCGCGCUUGGAGGCGCGGGGCGAGAACCCCUACGAGGUCUUCCGGCGCCGCGAGGUCGAGGACGAGGCGCGGACGCGCGCGGCCGCCGCGCACGCGAAGAUCGAGGCGAAGCGCCGCGCCGUCAUCGAGCGCAUCGCCGUCGACGACGCGCGCCAGCGCAAGAUCGAGGCCCACGAGGCCCACGCGGCGGCUUUGGAAAAGGCGCACCGCGACGCGCUCGGCCGCAACUUCACGGAGGCGCGGACGAUGGAGUACCUGCUGAGCCGCACGGGCAAGAGCCUCGUGGACCCGACGGGCCGGUCCACCGUGCCCAUGUUCCCCUCGCAGGAGACGAAGAUCCUGGACCACACCUUUGGGACGGGCAAGAACUCGCGGAAGACGGAGGCGCAGCGCCGCGAGCUCAUCCGCGACCUGGCGAAGCUCCCGGCGAACGAGACCGUCGCCGAGGACCUGGGCGAGUUCGGGCGUUUGAUCCCCAAGCUCCGCAGCGUCGACGACUCGAGCGUCGCGCGGAAGAAGAAGGACGACGGCGGCGACGGCGGCGGCGGCGCGCUGAAGACGCUCCAGGGCCUGCUGCCCCCCGACGAGGCGCCGCCGGGCGAGGCGCUGAACGCGUCCCAGGCCAAGCUCGCGGGCGAGGUCGCCCAGGCCGGCGCCGGCGACGAGGCCGAGGCCGCCAAGGCGCCGCGGAAGCACGGCUCGGAGCUCUCGAAAUUCGAGCGCGACUGCCUCGCGCGCGCGCAGCGGCGCCAGAAGGACCGCCUCGCCUCCGGCGCGCCCCAGAUCAUCGCGGGCCGCACGCUGCGGUCCGCGGCCUUCGUCGCCGAGCCCACGCGCAUCGAGUUCAAGGACUUCGCCGUCGGCGAGAGCCACCACCGGAAGAUCACGCUCACGAACGUGUCGCUGUCCUUCAACAACUUCAAGGUGCUGCCCCUCGGCGACGCCAUCGUCGACUUCUUCGACGUGUCCUACGUCAAGCCCGGCCGCAUGUCCGCGGGCACGUCCUGCGUCAUCGACGUCACGUUCACGCCCCAGGUCGACGAGGACAUCUUCGACGAGCUCCCCCUCCUCGCGGCGACGGGGCCCUUCUCCGUGCCCAUCGUCUGCACGAAAAAAAAGGUCGUGCCGUCGAUCUCGGACCCCCACGUCCAGUUCGACAACGUCGUCAUGGGCGAGACGUCGACGUUCUCGUUGAUCAUCAAGAACCAGGGCGCGCUGCCCACGAAGUUCGAGUUCUUCGACCCGAAGACGGGCGCGCCCGCGGGCAUCGUGUCCCGGCCGGCGACGCCCGGCGGCAAGAGCCCGCGCGGCGGCGCGGCGUCGCCCGCGCCCGCGGCCGCGGACGCCGCGGCGCCCGAGGACGACGCGUCGCUCGACGACGACGGCGACGACGACGACGACGCCAGGGAGCGCGCCCUGCUGGACCAGGCCGCGUCCGUCGGCGCGGCGGCGCUCAAGUACGCCGACGGCCUCGGGCCCAUCCAGUACGCGAACGGCGGCGAGGUCGCGGGCUACGCCGAGGUCGCGCACGUGAUCAAGUUCGCGCCGCUCCGCGCGGGCUACGCGCGGGAGCAGGUGGCCAUCCGCUUCGAGGGCUUCGCCGAGACCAUCCCGCUGAGCAUCAUCGGGUCGUCCAUCGAGGUGCCCAUCUACGUCGCGGAGCCCGUCGUCGACAUGCGCUGCGCCGUCUACGGCAAACUCUACCGGAAGAAGCUCAUGCUGCGGAACCGGGGCAAGAUCGCCUUCAAGGCCAUCGCGCGGGCGCCCAAGGAGUUCCGCGAGUUCUUCGAGUACCAGCCGGACAUGGGCUUCGUGCAGCCGGGCGCGGACUUUGAGAUGUCGAUCAAGUUCCGGCCGACGCCGGCCGUCGUCGACCGCUGCGCGCCCUACUGCAUCAAGGACCGGGGCAUCAUCGCGGUGCCCAUGCGGAUCAUGGUGCCGGACCAGGCCCUCCCCGUCUACUACACGCUGCGGGCCCAGCUCACGCGGUCCGACGUGUCCUUCUCGACGACCGCGCUCGACUACGGGCCGUGCUACGUCACGGAAGCUCUGAGCGCGCCCGUCGUGCUCACGAACGAGUCGGCGCUCCCCCAGAAGUUCGGCUUCGUCAACCUCAGCGCCGAGGUCGACGUCCAGCCCAACGACGGCUUCGGCGUGCUCCUGCCGCGCGAGUCGCGGACCGUGGACGUCAUCUUCAAGCCCGUGUCCGCGGUCAACGUCGACCUCAACCUGACCAUGCGCACGACGAUGAACAACACCUACGCCAUCAAGGUGCGGGGCCGGGGGCUGGAGCCGGCGCUCAAGUUCUCCUUCACCGUGCUCAAGUUCCCGCCCGCGUCGCCGGGCGACCGCGUCGUCGCGUCGGUCCUCGUGUCGCACCCGUCGGCGCCCGGCGCGAAGCGCGAGGCGGCGCCGCGGACCUUCGAACUCGUCGUCCCCAAGCCCCUGCUGAGCUUCCUGACCGUGCAGCCCGCGGUCGCGACGGUCGCGCCGGGCGAGACGCGCCGCGUGGAAAUCUCGUUCGCGCCGCCGCGGUCCAAGGGGCCCCGGGACACGCCGAGCCUCCGGGACGCCAACGUCCAGCCCAAGGCGCGGGACCUCGACGCCGUCUUCGGCCACGCGCCGCCGCCGCCGCCGGACGACGCGGAGCCCGAGCCGGAGCCCGACGACGACGCGCGGGAGGCCGCCGCGGCCGCGAAGCGGGCGAGGGACGCGGAGCUCAAGGCCGCCCGGGACGCGGCCUACGCCGCGGCGACGACGCCGCCGGAGCCCUUCGAGGGCACGCUCACCGUGAGCGUCCACGGCGUCAAGGGCCUCGACGGCUACGGCGGGCCUCCCAAGAGCGACCGCGACGCGCGGGAGCCGUGGAGCGAGCACGCGGUCUGGAAGAUCCCCUGCUACGUGCAGUCGUCGGCGGCGGAGCCGCCGCCGCCCCUCUUCCUCGAGGUGCAGACGACGACGGUGGAGCGCACGUUCUGGUGCGACUGCGAGAAGAUCGACUUCGGGCAGCUCGCCGUCGGCCAGACGUCGACGCUGCCGCUCCGCCUGCGGAACCUCGCGGCCGACGGCCCGCCCCUCGAGGUCAAGGCCGUGCCGGGCCUCAACGGCGUCGGGCCCUUCAUGAUGGUCAACGCGCUCCGGCCGCUCCACCCGAAAGCGCCGCCGCACUCGGCGCUGCUCCAGUUCGCGCCGACGGCGCGCGGCGUGCGGUCCGAGCACCUGGAGCUGGUCUGCCCGGCGCUGGGCCGCACGGUGCGCGUCGCCCUGCGCGGCGAGGGCGUGUCGCCGACGCUGGAGCUCGACCCGCCGGACGGCUUCGUCGACAUGGGCCACGUGUUUGUGGGUUGCGCGCGGACGAAGGAGCUGCUGCUGCACAACACGUCCGUGUUCCCGCUGUCCUUCUGCCUCACGCCCCUGGGCGAGCCCGUGCCGCGCGAGAACCGCGACGCGUCCGCGCCCUUCGUGUGCGUGCCGUCCGAGGCGACGGUCGCGCCGGGCGCGACGCUCGCCGUGAAGAUCAAGUUCCGGCCGGACCACGGCCGCGUCUGGGCCUACUACCAGAAGCUGCGCGUCGAGGUGCCCAACGAGGACAAGCGCCACGUGCUCACGGUGCUCGGCCGCUGCCACGACCACCAGAUGUACGUCGUCGCGGACGACCGGCCGCUGAGCCUCGGCGCGGCCUUCGAGGACCCCUUCGGGCUGCCGGCGGAGCUCGACGACGCCGCGGCCGAGGUGCGGGACAUGAUGGGCCUGGGCCCGCCCGUGAACCCGAAGAUCGCCAUCCGCUUCCCGCGCGUCGCGGACCGGCCCAAGGCCGACGACGGCGGCGACGACGGCGACCGCGCCGCGUCCGCGUCCGUGCUCGUGGGCUGCUGCGCCGCCGACGCGCCCGACGGCGGGCCCCGCGCACCGAAGAAGCCCGCGAGCCUCGGGUCCAACGGCACCUUCGAGGUCGAGCUCGACGCCGCGACCAAGGCCGCGGGCUACUUCGCCGCGAGCCCGGACAAGGGCACGGUGCCCGCGGGCGGCACGGCGCCCGUCGCCUUCACCUUCACGCCGCCCGAGGCCCAGGCGGGCAACGGCCUCGACGUCGGCCGCUGGAUCAAGACCGUCGCCAAGGUCCACCUCAAGGGGUCCCCCGAGAGCUUCACCUACGACGUCGAGCUCGAGGGCUACAUGCCGAACCUGUAAGGCGAUCGCGGGC